ACUUAGAGCGCUGAGAAAUUCCUUAACUCCCAAACAACCGAAACGAUAAACAAAUAUGAUCAUAUGGGAAAACACUGCACAGAAUAAAUGAUUACAGGGUGAUGUCUGGUGACGUAUCGGCGCUGGAAGUGGUAACGGUGGUCGGAAGGGCGGUGUGCGCAGGCGCGGCGCUGACAGCCGCACUCUACCUGAUCCGCAGAGUGUGUUUAAUAAUGGCGUGGAAAUCCGGAGGAGCAAGUCAGGCAGAGCUCGUCAACAACCUCCGCAAGAAUGGGAUCAUUAAAUCGGACCGUGUGUAUGAAGUUAUGUUGGCUACAGAUCGUGCCCAUUUCUCCAGAUGUAAUCCAUAUAUGGACUCGCCACAAUCUAUAGGUUACCAAGCAACAAUCAGUGCACCACAUAUGCACGCAUAUGCGCUGGAGCUUCUCCAUGAUCACCUCUACGAGGGAGCAAAGGCUCUAGAUGUGGGAUCAGGCUCAGGAAUCCUAUCUGUCUGCUUCGCCAGAAUGGUUGGUCUGAGAGGGAAGGUGAUUGGCAUUGAUCAUAUAAAGGAACUAGUGGAAGAAUCCAUAACUAAUGUAAAGAAAGACGACCCUAGUUUAAUCUCUUCAGGGAGGAUCAAACUCAUCGUUGGAGAUGGAAGAAUGGGCCAUACAGAGGAAGCGCCCUUUGACGCCAUACAUGUCGGCGCUGCAGCUCCCACCGUGCCACAAGCAUUGUUGGACCAGCUGAAGCCGGGUGGGCGUCUGAUUCUGCCAGUCGGGCCAGCAGGAGGAAACCAGAUGUUGGAGCAGUAUGACAAACUGGAGGAUGGCAGCACCAAAAUGAAGCCACUGAUGGGCGUGAUUUAUGUGCCUUUAACAGACAAAGACAAGCAGUGGUCCAGGUGGAAGUGACUUCCUAUCUGUCCUCUGUCUCCUCUUUCUUCUAGGGCACAGGGAUGAACUUUGAAAGGAUGAUCUGGCAAUACUCAUCACACCCCACAUCGAUACACACACAUCCACAUCCAUCUGGACUUCACCCAGGAGAGAGUCUGUAUAAAUGCUCUAUUUCCAUACCUGUGACAGUCUGACUGUUGUGAAAGGUGGAUGUAGAGAGCAGAUUAUUUUAUUUAAAAAGGGAUAACGUGGAAUAGGGCUUUGUGUUGAUAUUUUCAUGCCGGCAUUUUGAGGAUUGUGUGAAUGCAGUGUGAUUUAAUUUUUUUGUCUUUGACACGCAGGUGCACAUUUGUUGUGAUGACUUCAGUAUUACAUUCAAUUGGAUUGUUUUCUUCAUGCAUCUCUGCUUAUUAUAAACUGAAUACUCGGGUUGGCUGUUGUGCUGAAUCCAGCCUGUUAUUAAAGCAUAAUUCACUGCUACUGUACACAAUGUGUAGGACUCUCUUUGCUCUACAUAUCAACGUUAACAGUAAUGGCUUGUGUUUUCAGCAAAAGCAUGUGCUGCCCAGGCAGAUAAACCACGUGUGACACAACUUUACAUUUGAUCAUUUCAGAUGAGAGUUCUAAAGCAAUAAGCCACGAGAGGCCAUGCGUUACAGUUGAUUUAUCAUGGCAAUGCUCUUAAGCACAGUGAGAAGUCACUCAGGGUCAGUGUUGGGGAAGUUAUAAAAAAAACAAAAAAAAGGCCACUACAAAUAGCUCUGUAAAACUGUAAUCAGAUUACUUUACCAUUACUUCAGCAAAAAAUGUAAUCACAUCACUCAUUACUUUAAAGUUACUUUCUGAAACAUUUUUCACAGAAAAUAGUUUUUCCGCUCAACGAUGUGAAAUCUAUCUAUAGUUCCUACUUAUUCAUUGUCACACGCUCGGCACCACAUUUCUCCUUUGUUUGUGGCCACACGUCUUCUGACAGAACCGCAUGAACAAAAUUCAUAAAUGUAUUCUACAUAAUAUUCUAUUAAUGUGUAACCUAAGGAAUGUACGUUCAAUUAAGGAACUUCAUUGAAAGUCAUUGAACGUAAUUUGAUAAAUGUGUUACACUACGUGUUGACUGUAAAAGUAAUUUGCUUACAGUCACUAAUUACUUUAAUCAGAUUACACCCAACACUGAUCAUGGUCAAAUCGCACAGCCUCGAAUGGCUUAGAAAGGGAUAAUGCAGUCAGCUGGUAGUGUCAAAUAAAUGUUUAUUUAUUACAGCAAUAUGAUAAGUUGCAUUUACUAAUAUAAAUAAUUGGAAUAAACUAAUCUUGCACCAAGAAACAUUAGCCUAACUGUUGGCUGUUUGGAGCUGCCAUGUGACAGCAGUUUGGUGCAUUACUAAACAAUGCAAUUAAUCAGAAUUCAACCGUAUCCCUGAACGCAGCUCAUCCAAUCAAGAGUUCAGAAAUGUCCGCUUGAACAAUUUGAAAUCUAAGAACACUGUAAAACACCAGUAAAGCAGAGCUGGGUCUACAUUUGGAGAACAAGUUUUGCAAUAGUUCACAUGUCUGAUCUGAUGAAGCUGUAAAGCGGUGUUCAUCUCCCACUCACACGUGCUGCAGAUAUCUCACGUUCAGAUCCGCACCAGGACUCUGGACUCUAUGCUCAUUUCGAUUGUCACUGGUUUUCAAGGAUAAUUCUCUGUGAAUGUUUGUGUUAGCUGCCCACACAAACAUGCUUUGAAUGAAUAAACUCGAUGCUUAACAAUGAACUUUUUUCAUUUGUCGUUUGUCACAUAAUCUGAGAACUGAUGAUCACUUAUCUGUUUAUGAACAGAAGGUAUCCUACCACUUAUAUGUAAAAGAUUGUUUGCUGAGCAUUUUUCAUUCAAUGUAUAAACGUUUGUUUGUAAUUUUACAAUUAUUGUGGUAGCACUUUAUUUUACAGUAACGUUCUAUAUUUAUGUACUAUAUAAUUACAAGAACUACAGUAAUUACUAGGUCCUAACCUUAACCUAUAUAACGUACAUGUAGUUCCCUAACAUCACUCAGAACUGUCUUCAGUAAGUGCACCUACUGUCAAAUAAAGUGCAACCAUUAUUGCCUUU